AUGACUGGUGGUAUACUGCUUGUGUGUGCAACAAAGCUGUUUAUCCAGAUUCCAAGAUGUUCUUUUGUGAGAAGUGUAACAAGCAUAUAUAGGAUUAAGAUCCGAGUUAUUGACUCUUUCGAUUCAACCACAUUUGUCCUCUUUGAUAGGGAUGCAACUACCCUUCUCAAGAAAACUUGUGCUGAUAUGUUAGACACUCAUGAUAAGAUGAAUGCUUCUGGAAAUUUGCCUAAGCAGUUUGAUGAGUUAGUUGAUAAAAGUCUGCUUUUUAAAGUUGAAAGUAGGAACGAUCAAAAUUUCAAACUUGAGCAAUCUUUCAGAGUGAAGAAAAUAUGUGUUGAUGAUGAUAUCAUUGAAAAAUUCAAUGAUUCUUCCAUGAAAUAUGUGGAUGUUUAUGCUGGAAAUGGUGAGUUUAGCAGGGAAAAAAUGCAUAUAGUCAAUGAGUCCACCGUUAAUAUUUCAGAGGAUUUAUUAGUCCGAUUUACCAAAGAAACAAUUGAGUGUGGAUCCCAAUCACCUGAACUAAUCCAAGAUAAUCUAACCAACGAUGAUGCUAACAGUUCACAUAAGAGAGAAUUUGGAAAGAAGACUGCAUCACUUGAAUUCAUCGAAGAAGACAAUGUUCCAUUGAAGCUUUUAAAAAGAUAUAUUAAGAAGGAAAAAGCAGUGAUUUGA